UUGAGGAGCCUUAGUAAGAGAGAGAGGGAGAAAUAUUUUUGAAAUAUCUAUUGUAAAUUUCAACGGCUACUUCCUAUUCUGCUUCUAUCUCUUCUAUAUUUAUUCUCUUCUCUCUCCAUUCUAAAUCAAAAUACUUUCUUCCCUCUUUCAAUUUCUAGUAUUUUCUGUUAGCAGAUUCUAUUGCUUUGGCUUCAAUGGUUUCAAAGCAACUCGAUCGCGUGGGUGGUAAGGUUCGGGUUAUCGCUAGGAUCCGCGGGUUUUCGGGUCCUGAGGCUAAUUUGGAGCCUGACACUUCAAGGACUGUGGAUUGGAUUUCAGUGAAUGACGAGAAUUUGGAUGAUGUCUCCAUCUCCUUCAGAGACCAUCCCAGUCGUUAUUUGGUGGACUAUUGCUAUAAGGAAGAUGAAGACAGUGAAAUGAUAUAUUCAAGGGAGGUAAAGCCUUUUGUGUCUGCAGCUUUUGAAGGUCAUAACAGCACCGUUAUUGCACAUGGAGCUAGGGGUAGUGGAAAGACCCACAUAAUUCAGGGCUCUGCUGAGAGGCCAGGUUUGGCAGUGCUUGCUAUUGCUGAGUUUCUUCCAAUUGCUGAGAAAAAUGGGAAAUCCAUAAGUGUUUCUUUCUAUGAGGUUGAUCAUCAGGAACGGGCCAUGGAUUUAUUAAAUCCAGAGAAGCCGCCAAUCUUGGUUUUUGAAGAUCGUGGUAGAAAUCAGUUUAAAGGAUUGAGUCAGGUUCCUGUGAAAUCAGUUAAUGAAUUUCAGAAUUUGUACUCCACUGCAUGUUUGAGCUUGAAGGGAGCUCCCAAAAAAGGUGGUCAAAGAAGUCAUAUGGGAUUGAUUGUGAAUGUCGUUUCCCGGAAUGAAAGUGUAGGAAGUACUGUCAGCAAAAUGAAUUUUGUUGACUUAGCAGGGUAUGAAGAUACCAGAAAGAAAAGUAGUGAUGGCUCCUGCCUAACUGAGAUUAACAAAAUUAACAAGUCAAUAUAUGCAUUAUUGAAUAUUUGCCAUGCUUUGAGAACAAAUGAAAGUCAUAUUCCCUACCGGGAAAGCAAGCUUACGCGCAUACUGCAGGAUUCUUUGAGGGGAACUAGCAGAAUUUUACUGGUUUCAUGCUUGAACCCAUCAUUUUGCCAAGACACUAUUUACAUGGUAAGCUUGGCUUCAAGGUCAUGUCAUCGGAUUCAUCAUCAGACAUUCUUAGAUUCCACCAAGAAAAGUGUAAGUUCAGCAAAUAUGAGACAGAUACCUAAAAAUGUUUCUGGGACAGCAAAGAAAUUUCAUGGUUCUUCUAAACUAACGAAAGGAAGGAAAUUGUUUGAUGAAGCUAGUCAUUCCACACCUAAGGUUGAGAAGGAAAUGGUUACUAAAGCAUCAAAGCCUUUGAUGGAUAACUCAUUACCUGAGACUGGAAAUCAUGAUAACUCUGGAGUGGAAACGAUAGUGAAUACUUUAGCAUUGACAAAUGUUUCAUUUCCGAAGGAUGACUUAUUUGCAAAAGCUAGUCAGGACAUGAAACUUUAUCCCCCUUUGGAAAAUGGUGAUUCGUCCUUGAACGCUAGCAGUGAAGUGGAAAUCAAUUCCCUAGCAGCUAAGGAUGUUUUAGUGGAUGGAGAUGAAGGUAAAAAGGAGAAUACCCCUUGUAUCAAUCAUUCCUCUGAAUCAAUGUCAAUAAUAGUUCACGAAGGUCAUAAUUCACCACCCAUUAGUUCACAGUUGCGCGAUCUUUCCAAUAGUCUUAAAAUGCUAUGCUCUUCAACUUCAUCAUGCUUGCAAAAUUCAGAAAAACAACCCAUUCCAGCUAUAGAACCAAAAACUCCUAUAAUUCAACAGAACAUGAGCCAAUGGGAUGAAAUGAAUGGCAAAAGUCCUUGGGAGACAUUCAGCAUGCGGGGCUCUGGGAUGAAGAGUUCCAUCGUUCAAGAAUAUCUUAGAUUUUUGAACACGGCUGACAAGGAAGAAUUGAAAAGAUUAAAGGGAAUUGGAGACAAAAGAGCUAACUUUAUACUUGAACUUCGAGAAGAAUCUCCAGAACCUUUCAAAAGUCUAAACGAUUUAAAGGACAUUGGGCUUUCUGCAAAGCAGAUUAAGGGAAUGAUGAAGAAGGAAGUUGGAGAGCUUUUCAGUGAAUUAUAAAUGCAUUAUUAUGCAAGCGAUUAUGUAACCAAAGGAUAACUUGUAUUGGUAACUAACGUUGCCCUUUUUUUUGUAAAUCAUGAGAUGUCUAGACAGAUA